CGAAGAAGAAGAGUCCAGUGUCCACGUGAAGAGCUACGAUGGCGCAGGACCAGGAGCCCGAAGUGAUCCUCGCUCAAAGAUUAGCUGCAAACGACAAAAGCACGCGCACCAAAGCUUUCAAAAAGCUGCGUAAAUAUGUCCGAGUUCGCUCUCAAGCCCCCGGAGGUGGUUUCACAGAAGAGGAGUUUCUGCGUAUCUGGAAAGGGCUUUUCUACUGUCUCUGGAUGCAGGACAAGCCAGUGAUGCAGGAGGAGUUGUCGGAGCAGAUUUCUGGGCUGCUGCACAACAUUCAGAACACAGACACCCAGUUGUUGUUUCUGGAGGCGUUUUUGAAGACUGUGAAACGAGAAUGGAACGGAAUCGACAGACUACGACUGGACAAAUUCUACCAGUUGGUGCGUUUUGUCUUGAGGCAGACCUUUGAGAUGAUGAAGAGAAACGACUGGGAAGAGAGUCUGAGUGGGCGUGUUCUCCAGUUACUCUCCGCCCAGUUACUAGAUGACUCCGCCCCCUCUGGCCUUCUGCUGCAUCUGUUGGAUAUUUACCUGCCGGAACUCUCGCGCGUUGGAGCGGCACAGUUGACAGCUGAUCAGAAUCUCUCCAUAAUCCUGCCCUUCUGUCGCGUCGCUGCCAAGACUAAAGAUCGUGUGCUACUGCAGGGUGUGUGUUCCAGUUUGUUUUCCACCAUCGUGGAUCAGGCGCCUUUUGCCAUCGCUGACCUCAUCAAGGAGGAGGGGCUUAUGGAGGAGGGGGAGGAGCAUGACUCAGGCCGUGCCUCCGAGGGGGAGGAGUCACAACACACCAGCCCUCAGAAGAAGAACAAGAAGACAACCGGGCGUAAAGGACAAGGAGAGGAUGAUGAUGAGUGUGAAGAUGUUGAGGAAGAUGAUGAUGAAGAGUUCCUGAAUAUAGACAAAGAGGACGCAGCAGAACCCGUACUUCAGUUUGACUACGGGGCCGUAGCAGACACUCUCUUCCAGCUGGCCAGCCAUACACACACACACGCUCACAACCGCCGACGCCUCUACAAGUUUGUCAAGACAUUCCGAGACCUGUCUCAAGGUGUGUUUCCCCAGGAUGAGUUGGAACAGGUGUCUUCAGAUUCGGAUGAUGAUGAGGAGUCCAAGAAGAAGAAGAGGAGGAAGAGGAAGAAGAAGGCAUCAGAGCAGGACGAGACGCCAGCACCGACCAAACGCAACAAAGGGACAGAGUCAGAGGGAGAUCAGGCAGAUGACGACGGCGUCACCAAGACCACAAAGAAGGAAAAGAAGAAAAAGAAAACAAAGAAUGCUAAAAAGGCUCAAGAAACACCUGAGGAGGAAACCACACCCGCUGUGGACGCAACUCGUCAGGAAACGACAGCUGGCGAAGACACAACUUCACAGGAAGUGACAUCACAGGAAGCUGAGCCUUCAACUGAAACACCUGCUGUCAUGCAAACGCCCUCACAGGAAGCUGCCAUUUUGGACGGCCCACAACAUGAAACUGCUACCGUUACAGACUCACCCAGACAGGAAAUGGACACUGAUGUAGACACGCCUCAACAGGCAGCUGCUGUUGCCAUGGACACGCCCCAACAAGAAGCUGCUGUUGCCAUGGACACGCCCCAACAGGAAGCUGCUGUUGCCAUGGACACGCCCCAACAGACAGCUGUAGCCACAGACACGCCCUCACAGGAAGCUGCUGUUGAUGCAGACACGGCCUCGCAGGAAACUGACCUCUUGGACACACCCCACCAGGAAGCUGAGACUUCAGGUGACCUGUCCUCACAGGAAGUUGAUGUCUUGAUGGAAACUCCUUCACAGGAAGUCAGCGUUGCCGUGGAAAGCCCACAGGAAGUGGAAUGUGACAUAGAGGUGCCUUCUCAGCCCCAGCAAAUAGCAGAAGAGACUGGUAGUGAUGCAACAUCUGACAACACUGCAGCGCUCAGCCAAUCAGUAUUAGAGGAUGCAACUACAGCCACCCAAUCAGAAUUGAAGGAGGCUGGAGGUGUGGACCCGCCCCCAGCUCCAGAAGAUCCGUUUGAUGGCAAGAAGAACGAUGACAUCACACAGAAGAAGAACAGCAGGAAGAACGCGGAAACUGCUCUAGCCGAUACAACUCUAGCGGACGGACCAUGCCCAGACACGCCGCUCACCAGGACCAGACGGAGCCGGAAACACAAACUGGAGUACCCAGAUGACGCACACACAUCUGGCAACACACACACAGACACUGAGGGCUCGCAGCAGCCUCAGGAGGAGAAGGUGAACUCCAAGAAGGGGAAGAAGCAGAAAAAGCGAAAGACCGGCACCGAUACACCAGCUGAAACGGAGACGCCCACCCCCGCUGAAACAGAGACGCCCACCCCCGCUGAAACAGAGACGCCCACCCCCGCUGAAACGGACACGCCCACCCCAGCUGAAACAGAGACGCCCACCCCCGCUGAAACGGACACGCCCACACCAGCUGAAACGGACACGCCCACACCAGCUGAAACGGACACGCCCACACCCGCUGAAACGGACACGCCCACACCCGCUGAAACGGACACGCCCACACCCGCUGAAACGGACACGCCCACACCCGCUGAAACGGACACGCCCACACCCGCUGUAACGGACACGCCCACACCCGCUGAAGCAGACACGCCCACACCCGAUGAAACAGACACACCCACACCCGCUGAAACCGACGCACCCACACCCACACCCGAUGAAACAGACACUCUCAUACCCACUGAAACAGACACGCCCACAUCAGGCGACAUAGAUUCACACACCGCUGAGAACACGGAAACACCAGGCGAGACGGACACGCAUACAGUCGAGAUUGCUGACACGCACACUGCUGAAAAGAAAAAGAAACGAAAGCAGAAAAGUGUGAGUUUGAGUGAGAAGCUUGUGGAGACUUCAGCAGCAGCAGAGGAUGAAGACACACAGCCAGAAGUGGAGGCUAAAGACACACAGCCAGCAGCGGAGGUUGAGGAGGAGGAGGAGGUGAUGAUCAAGCCAGAGAAGAAACCGAAACGGAAGAAGAAAGCGGCAGAAGCAUCGGACACACAGCCAACAGGAGAGAAAGCUGAGGAGGAGACGAAGCCAACAGGGGAGGAGGCUGAGGAGGUGAAGAUCAAGCCUGAGGUUCCCAGCGAGAAGAAAAAAAACAAGAAGAAGAAGAAAGCAGAGGAAGUGAUGGAGGACUCUGCAGACACACAAACACUGGACGAGACCACCACACUCACACCUGAGGAGGUAGACACACAAGCACCUGCUGUCACAGACGCACCUGAAGAAGAACACACAGCGGCAGAGGAGGUCGUCUCACAUUGCGAUGACGUUCCCAUAGAUAAGAAGAAAAAGAAGAGGAGGAAACAAAAAGGGCAGGAGGUCUCGGAAACGGACGCACACACGGCUGAUGCGACCGACACACCUGAUGUAGUACACACACCUGAGCAGGUAGACACACAAACACCUGUCAUCACAGACACACCUGAAGAGGACCACACGGCGGCAGAGGAGGUAGUCUCAUGUUGCGAUGACAUUCCCAUAGAUAAGAAGAAAAAGCAGAAGAAACAAAAAGGGCAGGAAGUCUUGGAAACGGACACACACACGGCUGACUCGACAGACACAGCUGAGGCAGUACACACACCUGACAAGAAAAAGAAAAAGAGGAAAAGUGUGAAGUUGAGUCAGGACAGCACAGAGACGCACACUACUGAUAUCACACACACUCACACAGCUGAUGAUGCAACUCACAUAGCGGAACCAAACACACACACAGUUGAUGAUGGAGUCCCUGUCAAGAAAAAGAAAAAGGCGCACACAGCCGAGAUUGCAGACACACACACAGCUGAGAUGACAGACACUAACACAGCCGAGAAGAAAAAAAAACGAAAGCAGAAAAGUGUGAGUUUGAGUGAGGAGCUUGCGGAGACUUCGACAGCAGCGGAGGCUGUAGACACACAGCCAGCAGCGGAGGAGGAAGUUAUGAUCAAGUCUGUGGUUCCCAUGGAGAAGAAACAGAAAAAGAAGAAGAAGAAAGCGGCAGCAGAAUCGGACACACAGCCAACCGGGGAGGAGGCUGAGGAGGAGAAGAAGCUAACAGGGGAGGAGGCUGAGGAGGAGGAGGUUAAGAUCAAGCCUGAGGUUCCCAGCGAGAAGAAACCGAAAAAGAAGAAGAAGAAAGCGGAAGCUCUGCUGGAUGACUCGCACACACCUGAAGAUGAAGACGCUCCAGUAAAAAAGAAGAAGAAGAAGGUGAAAGCUCAGGCUGAGGAAGCUGUGGACACUGAGGAGGUUGUCGACGCUGUAGAGGAUGACUCUGGAGCUCCGGCCAAGAAGAACAAAAAGAAGCUGCAGAAGAAGACCCAUACAACAGAGACGAACGCACACACACCUGAGACGAACGUUGGGGUCCCUGUGAAGAGAAAGAAGAAGCAGAAAAGAAGUGGAGCAGCUGAGAACGAGGGAACACCUGACGAUUCCCAAACACACAAUUCUGACGAGAAGACGGAAGAAGUCAACAUCAUGAAGAAGAAGAAAACUGGAAAAGGAGUGAAGGGUCAGCAGAAAACAGAGUUUGUCUCGUUCCAAAAGUCAUCUCCUCCAAGACCACUCUUCUGCAAAACAAAAGGUCUUCAGACGCCGCAGUCUAAGGCAAAGAAGGUCACAUUUGGACUCAAGAACAACAAGACAGCAGAGUUCCACAAGUGUGAUCGCAGCUUUCUGCUGAGUCCAGAGGGCGUGGCUAAGAUCCCUUUUGACCCUGCCCAAAAGCCACUAAGCCCUGCCCUCAAAUCGCCUCAAAACAAGAACACGCCCACCGGGAAGAAGAAGAAGAAGACCACACCCCUUAGUGAUGGCAUCAAAAAUAAGACCACGCCCCUUAGUGAUGUCACACCCAAAAAGAAGAAAAACAAGAAGGGUUUGCUCAAUUCAAAGGCCACGCCCCUAAAGAGAGCUACAGCUGCAGACUUCUUCUGAGUACAAUUUGCAGUGUUAAAUUCAACUCUGAGUAUUGGAUAGGGGAGGGGGGGAGAUUGUUCUAUAUUGUUCCUGAUUUUUUUAUAAAUAUCUCUAGUAAAAGUUCUACAUCAAAAUCUAAUUUGUGCUUGUCUAUUUGUGUGUGUGUGUUUGUGUGUGUGUGUG